AGGGGAGGAGCCAGCAAAGGAACCCAGCUUCACUGUGACAGAGUGUGGGGACAUACAGAUGGAUGGUGAGAAGAGGUUAUAAUUUGUUCAUUUUUCUGUAUUUCAUCUGUGGAAAGUUCUGGCUUAGCCAUGGAUAUUCUUUGUGAUCAAAACACUUCUUUGAGCUUGACUCCGAACUCCUUAAGUCAAUUCAAUGAUGACACAAGGCUCUACAAUCACGAUUUUAACCCGGGAGAAGCUAACACUUCCGAUGCAUUUAACUGGACAGUGGACUCUGAAAAUCGAACAAACCUUUCCUGUGAAGGCUGCCUCUCACCACCGUGUUACUCCUUACUUCAUCUCCAAGAAAAAAACUGGUCUGCUUUGCUGACAGCUGUCGUGAUUAUCCUAACCAUUGCUGGAAACGUACUCGUCAUCAUGGCAGUGUCCCUAGAGAAAAAGCUGCAGAACGCCACCAACUACUUCCUGAUGUCACUUGCCAUAGCUGAUAUGCUGCUGGGCUUCCUUGUGAUGCCCGUGUCCAUGCUAACGAUCCUGUAUGGGUACCGGUGGCCUCUGCCAAGCAAGCUGUGCGCAGUCUGGAUCUACCUGGACGUGCUCUUCUCCACCGCCUCCAUCAUGCACCUUUGCGCCAUCUCACUGGACCGCUACGUCGCCAUCCAGAACCCAAUCCAUCACAGCCGCUUCAACUCCAGAACAAAGGCCUUUCUGAAAAUAAUUGCUGUUUGGACCAUCUCGGUCGGUAUAUCCAUGCCAAUUCCGGUCUUUGGGCUACAGGAUGAUUCCAAGGUCUUUAAGGAAGGAAGCUGCUUGCUUGCUGAUGAUAACUUUGUCCUGAUUGGCUCCUUUGUGUCUUUUUUCAUCCCUCUGACAAUCAUGGUGAUCACCUACUUUUUAACUAUCAAGUCACUCCAGAAAGAAGCUACUUUGUGUGUGAGUGAGUUUGGCACCCGGGCCAAAUUAGCUCCUUUCAGCUUUCUCCCUCAGAGCUCCCUGUCUUCAGAAAAGCUCUUCCAGCGCUCCAACCACAGGGAGCCAGGGUCCUACGGCAGGAGGACUAUGCAGUCCAUCAGCAACGAGCAAAAAGCAUGCAAGGUGCUGGGCAUCGUCUUCUUCCUGUUCGUGGUGAUGUGGUGCCCCUUCUUCAUCACAAACAUCAUGGCCGUCAUCUGCAAAGAGUCCUGCAACGAGGACGUCAUCGGAGCCCUGCUUAACGUGUUCGUGUGGAUCGGCUACCUCUCCUCAGCCGUCAACCCACUCGUGUACACGCUGUUCAAUAAGACCUACAGGUCGGCUUUUUCACGGUACAUUCAAUGUCAGUACAAGGAAAACAAGAAACCUUUGCAGAUAAUUUUAGUGAACACUAUACCAGCCUUGGCCUACAAGUCUAGUCAACUCCAAAAGGGCCAAGGGAAGAAUUCAAAGACAGACGCCAAGAUGACAGAUAAUGACUGCUCGAUGGUUGCUCUAGGAAAACAACAGUCGGAAGGUGCUUCUACAGGCGAUGUCAACACAGUGAAUGAAAAGGUUAGCUGUGUGUGAUAGGCUGGUUGCCAUGGUAACUGUGGCCAGGCACACUGAGCAAGUUUUCACCUAUCUGGGACAAAAAAAAAAGAACAGGGAGCCUGGAAAAAAAAUUAGGCCAGUCUAGUGGAACCAACAGUAAUAUCAAUGUACACUUUAUUUUGUCAGUGAAAAGCAGGGUUAAAUGCCACAAAAUGUGCACUUCUAAAAUGUCCUGACAGCAUUCCAGCUGUGAGCGUUAUGGUACUUCUUUUUAACAUUGUAAAUGAUAUGUCUUUAAAAUGAUUAGUUUUCAUUGUAUAAUUAUAAUGAGGCCAUAAAUAAAUCUAAAUGAAUUUCUGGUGUUGAAUGGAAACCUUGCUAGUGUGUUG